ACACACACACACACAGUGUCUCACAAGCUGCAGCAGUGGGAGUGCGUGCACCUCUCUCCCUCACUGCCAAAAGAGAGAGAGAGAUUGUAAUUUAUCUCUACUCUCUCUCUCUCUCUCUCUCUCUCUCUCUCUCUCUCUCUCUCUCUCUCUCUCUCUCUCUCUCUCUCUCUCUCUCUCUCUGAAAUGGAGAUGAAGUCUUCUCCGUGACACCUCUUCCUUCUCUUCCUCCUCAUUCUCCUCCUCCUCCUCCUCCUCCUCCUCCUCCUCCUCCGUGGUACUAAUCAAGGGUUCAGGAAGAUGAGCAGCGAGUGGCCAGCAGGAGUGUGGGGUGGCGUGGGCCGGUGGGUGGGGUCCGGCACGUCGCCUGUGGAUUGGUGUGAGGACAACUACACCAUCACGCCACACAUCGCGGAGUUCUUCAACACGCUGUCCAACGUGCUCUUCAUCUUCGUUCCAGUCGGGGCAAGCAGACUCUGGAACAGCUACUCCAGGAAUGUUUCCAGGGGGGUAAAUGCGGUGUGGGUGCUUCUUGUGGUGGUGGGCCUGAGCUCUGCCUACUUCCAUGCCACACUGUCACUCCUGGGGCAGCUGCUGGAUGAGCUGUCCAUUCUGUGGGUGCUCAUGCUGUCGUACACACUGUUCACGCCGCUGCGGUACCGCCCGAGGGGUCUGCGUGGGAGAUUCCGGCUGUACGCAGGCUGCAUGGGGCUCCUGGCGGGUGUCAUCACGGCCUCGGCCUUCGUGAAACCCGCUAUCAAUGCCUAUGCGCUGUUCCUCGUCGGCGUCCCCGCUGUGUGGAUGCUCGUGGCAGAGGUGAGGGCGUCCAAAAACCCUCAGGUGAGCAGGCUGGGCAUCCGGACCCUCGCCGCCCUGGCCCUGGCUGCCCUGGCCUGGGUGUUCGACAGGUUCCUGUGCUGGGUGUGGCGGGCACUCCACGUCCCCAUCCUGCACGGCCUCUGGCACCUGCUCAUCUUCAUCACCGCCUACGGGAUGCAGGUCCUCUUCUGCUACUUCCACGCGGCCCAGGACGUGCCCGAGUCCAGGCCGGUGCUGCGCUACUGGCCCGAAGGGAGCUUUGGCUUGCCCUACGUCUUGUGCCACUCAGCCCGCCACGUCAAGAGCCCCUGAGUGUGUAUGCCUGCAGAACUCCCCUAUGGACUGACUGGAAUCAAGUAGGCCUGUUUCAAGAGUCCAGCCUGCAUAUGCCUACAUAAUUCUAUCCUAAGUUGUGUGGACGGGUGAAAAUAAGAGGCCUGUUUCUGAGCCGACCUACCCAGCCUACCCAUGCCUGGCCUAUCUCAUACAGCCUGCUUAAAAAAAAAAAAAGGCUUAUUUUCAAAACUUACCCAAGCCUCGCUUCAUACAGACUUUUGGAAAAAUAAGGAGGCCUAUUUUAAUGCCUAUGCGAGCCUAUCCACCUUACUCUAACUAAAGAACAAUCGACUCAUUACACGAAAAAAAAACACCCUAUAUAUAAUUUGAUUAGGCUUAGUCAUGAAGGUCACAAAACAAGAAAAAAAGCCUUUCAGCUUAUCGUGUAGUAUAUAGGCAUUUGAAUAUUACUCUGGCAUAUCCUAACAACCUAUGGACUGAUGAAAAUUAGAAAGAAGACGCCUAUUUUGAUGCCUAUUCUUGCUCAAAUAGGCUAACAGUAAAGAAAUACAGCCUACAAUGAAGCCUAUUCAGCUUAUGUAAUAAUUCGAAUAGGCUCAAAGCAAAAUCACAUUGGCUAGUGAAAAAAAAAAGCAUUUCUUAGCCUACUUUAGUAUAUAGGCUUAGAGAGAAAAGUACAGCCUAAGCAAGACCCUUUUCAAAUGUGCAGUAGGCUAAAAUAGGCUAUUCAGAAAAAAAACAGCCUACCCUAACCUACAGUGAAAAUCAAGAAAAAUACCAGCCUAUAGUGAAAUUUGCAAAGGCCUACUAUAUAGAUAGAGAAAAGAGCCUACUUCAGCCUAUCGUAUGUGGAAAUAAACUGAGCCUAUCGUAACCUAACUGGCAUAGGCUGGAAAGAGAAUUUAGUAGCUCAGCUAUACACGGCCCAACCAAACCUGCAGUAGAAAGGAGACAGGAAGAAAGGUGUAGAAAAAUAGGGGGCUGUAGGUGUGGAAAUGAGGUGUGCUUUGGGCAGGUGUAAAUAGGAAGUCUCUCUCUCUCUCUCUCUCUCUCUCUCUCUCUCUCUCUCUCUCUCUCUCUCUCUCUCUCUCUCUCUCUCUCUCUCUCUCUCUCAAAGAUGGGUACUGGCCAAGUGGAAAAAAGGCAGGAGUGGUGUGGAGGGGGGGGUGGCUAUCGAGGUGCCAGUCUCAAAGGAAAGAUAAAAAAAAAAUCAUCCCGAAUUGAAGGGCGGGUGUCUUGAGACCUGGCUCGUGAAAGAGUUCAAGUCACAGGCAGGAAGAAAUACAGAAGCAGGCAGGGACUUCAGGAGCGCUCUGGACAGGUGUAGAAUGAGGAACAAGCGAUGAUUUGCUGGUGUAGAAAUGGCAUGUAUACAAUAACAGGUGUG